AUGCUCCAGUGGCACGCCAUCGACUGUACGAAGGUCACUGCUCAGGAUGAGAAUGCAUUCCCCCAGUAUGGUCUCAAUGCAUUCGAUGUAUUCUCAUCCUUCCAUCGACUAUGCAAAAGGAUUCACUUCAACAUAAAUCCAAGCACAACCGUUAUAUUACAUGCUCUCGAGUAUAUAAAACGGAUUCGAAGGAUGGCACAACCUAAAUCUCAUACCGAUAUCAAACUGCCUCCGGGAACAGAGUCAACAGUCUUCUUGACCGCCCUCAUGUUGGCAAAUAAAUAUGCAGAUGAUGAUAGGUAUACCGUCAAGGCAUGGUCUCAGGCUAGUGGGUUUGCUAUAAGUGAAAUCAACAAGAUGGAACGAGAAUGUUUAAUAGCACUCGACUAUCGAUUGGUGGUGUCUCCACAAGACCUAUACGCCUGGAACUUGACCUUGAGGAAAUGGUUGGAAGCCAACCAUCCAGAUCAAGCCAAGGCACUCACUCAAAUCUAUAUGCCAACAACUGUCUUCAUCAACGAGAGUGUCAAGAGACGAUCAACUAGUAUCAGUGCUACUGUCAAUACCACUUUGGUGCGUGUCACCGCACCAAAACAACAGCAACAACAAACAGCAGCAGUGGUGGAAGCAAGCACAACUCGACCCAUUGGACUACAAAGCCCUCCAUUAGGCAGGAUUGAUAAUUGGGCUAGAUCAAAGCCCAUCGCCAUACCAGUUGGAUCGAAACAUCAUCAGUCAAAGUGGUGGGUGGACGACCGAUGUCAAUCGAUAUAA